UGGCCCUCUCUUGAAUAAUCCCCUCCUCAUCCCUUCACAUGACUUCAGCCUUUGGACUUUGAGUUCCUGGCUGCUUUCCACAUUCCACUCCCUUUUCAGAACCCAGGCAUCCUGGCCUCCAGCUGAAGCUGCUGCAUGUGGCUUCCCCAUCCCUGGCCCCGUGACUCAGGCCCUCUGAAGGGACCAGCCCUUUUCUUGGCACUCACGGGAAGGGGGGACAGGGAGGGGGGCUAGGUGGUGACAUCAUAGAUGAAGUAUAAAAGCUUCCAGCCAAAAUAGAAUUGAAAUCGAAGACACCGAAAAAACGUGCCCACGAAACCAGUGCUCCUGGGGACCCCGCAGCCUGACACCCACAGACAUCUGGUCGCAGAUUCCCACUCAUCAAGGACUGCCCACUGACUCCAUGCUGGGCACUCCCUGCCUUCUGUGGCUGCUGGCUGUCACCUUCUCCUUGGGUCCCAGAGCACAGCCCUUGGCCCCCCGAGACCUUGAAGAAGAGGGAGAUGAGACAUCGCAGCCACCUCUGCCGGUUGUCCCCUGUGAUUACGACCGGUGCCGCCACUUGCAGGUGCCCUGUCUGGAGCUGCAGAGAGCGGGACCGACGGCUUGCCUGUGCCCCGGGCUGUCCAGCCCUGCCCAGCCGCCCGACCCACCGCGCCUGGGGGAAGUGCAAGUGGUGGCCGAGGCUGGCCGCGCGGUGGUGCGCUGGUGUGCCCCCUUCUCCCCGGUGCACCAAUACUGGCUGCUGCUUUCGGAAGGCAGCGGGGCUCCCCAGAAGGGACCCCCACUCAACUCUACCGUCCGCAGAGCGGAACUGAAGGGCCUGAAGUCUGGUGGGACAUACGUCGUUUGUGUGGUGGCCGCUAACGCGGCCGGAGAAAGCAGCGUGUCGGGGGCCGGUGGCGAGGGCGGCCUCGACGGGGCGGGAGGCCCUGUGUUGGGGCCGUGCGGACGGCUGGCCGUGCCCCCCAGGCCCCUCACCCUGCUCCACGCGGCCGUGGGGGUGGGCGCGGCGCUGGCCCUGCUGAGCUGCUCCGCUCUCUGCUGGCACUUCUGCCUGCGCGACCGCUGGGGCUGCCCCCGCCGGGCGGCGGCCAGGCUCUGAAGCGCGGGCGGCAGCCCCGGGGCCGAGGCCCACCUGCGGGGCCCAGCGCGGCUGCCAGGGAGGCGGCCGGGCGCGGGCUGAGGGCCGGGCGCCUGGGCCCCCGCCGAGCCCCGGGCCCUGUGCUCCGCGGGAGAGCUCGCGCAGGGCCCGGCUCGCCGCUCUGCCCUGGGCUUGGGGAGGAAGGGGUGGAGAGGGUCCGCACAGUGUUUUAGGACCAAAUAGUAAAUCACUUCGACUUUGCAGUUCCGAGGAUAAAAAUCGAAGAGAUUAUGUAACACUUACAUAACCAUGUAAUCAUUUACAUAUGUAAAACCCAUUCUUAGCUCUUGGGCCUUACAAAUCAGGCCCCAGACAGUCCUGGCCCUUGGGUUGUGCUGUCUCACACCCCCUCCAAAGGGCUCUGCCACUACAGGUGGCUUCAGUGGGGUUUUGAAAAUAAACUGCUGCAGAAUGGGGAGUUUAGGGCCAGGGACUGCUCCUCCUCUUCUGCCUUUUGUUAGAUAUUGAGGAUGGGCACAUCGGAGUUAGAAUCCACCUGUGUGAGAAAUAAGUGAUUUGGGGUGAAGAAGAGAGGGACACCACCCCCAGGCUGCUGUCUGGGGCGUUUCCCAAAUCUGAGGUGUUUCCCCAUGUUCUCCCAUUUUGUGUUUCUUGUAUAUCCACUGUAACAACAUUAAAAGAAACAUAAAAGGAGGACGUUUCCAUUUUUCAUGAUCCUUUUCAAAUCCCUUCUCCCACAGAUGUGUUUCAGAGUAGUAUACAUACUUCUGAAUCUAUGUUUGAAUUAACUGGAUGUAGGAAAGUAUAAGCUGCCACAGUGUAUAAUCCUCACUUUUACUGUUCUUAUAACUUUUUUUGUAAUUAUAAAAGUAACAUCCAAAUUUCAAGUAAUACUGGCAAGUAUAAAAUGAAAGUUCCCUCCUCCUCAAGAGGUAAUUGCCUGAAACAGAGCAGGUCUUUUGCUAUGCAAUGCAAAUAUUUUCUUUUUUCACUCAAUAUCUUUUGGACAGUGUUCCAUGUUGGUAAAUCAUAGCCACCUUAGUUAUUUUAAAGGCUGCAUAACUUUCCAUAGAAGGAUGUCUUCAGUUUUUGCUAUGGACAACCUUGUUUUGUUUGUGUAUCCUUGUUGCGGAAAAUACUGGAAAACCUGGACUGCAUCGCUGACAGAAGAACCAAGCGGCACUCAGAGGUCUUGCAGUGUUGAGGUUUUAUUUCACACUGUUGAGCUCAGAGGGGAGUCAUCUCCCAAAGUCGGAGCCCUGAGCACAAGCAAGGGGAGCAAUUUAUAUUAUCUUGAUAUGUGGCAUUUUAGCCUGCGCAGAGCAGAAGAGGAGCCUGGAGGAGGGGAGGAGAGAGCUGGGAGUGCUUUGCCAACCGGAGGGAAAAAGUGGUUUGCUGACCUUGACGGCUGUGUUGAAUAUUUUCCUUAUCAUCCUUACUUGUUUGUGUAUUUCUACAGGGUACUUACAGAAGUGGGUGAAAGAUGCAGUACUAUACUAAUUUAACCAUUUUUUUAUUAUUGGGCCUCUGGAAUAAAUUUAGAAUACAUUUGUUAUCUAGAACACAUUUAUCACACUGCUUGAAUACCAUGUCUUUUCUUAUUCCUGUAUUUUCUCAGCAUUUAUUUAUUUGCAAAUGAUAGCGCCUACGAUCUCAGUAUUAAAGACAUGCUUUAUAUGUA